AUGAAACCAGUGACCUCCUUGCGGUUUGUUUGCUUGGUAUUCGCUUUUCCCUGGGAAAUAUCGACAAGAAACGUGGCGACAGGUUCCAAUCUUCACAUACCUCUUUACCGGAAACAUGGGGUUCAGAAAGCCAGAAAGACUCAUCCAGAAGCUCUUCAGGCCUUUGCGCUCCGGAAUACUAAAGCUUUCCAGACGAAGUAUCUGCAUUCGACGCCAAGCGGGCAUUCUGACGGGGCAUCAAGACAAGUCUUGAAAACAGCGCGACGUUCACUACCUGAUAGAGCACUUGAUUCAGUUGUUGCUUUGAAGAAUGAGUAUUCAGACACGGAUUAUUAUUCUCAAAUCCAGAUAGGAACACCCCCACAAACCUUCAACGUCGUACUAGAUACGGGUUCGGCCGAUCUUUGGGUUGCAGGCAGAGAGGUCACAACCUUAAGCGGAAGAGGCGGGGUGGAAUUAUCAGCAUCAUUCUACAUCUCAAAUUCUUCCAAAACCUUCAAGAGUUCUGAUGAGAGGUUCCAAAUCACAUAUGGCUCGGGAUCUGCUUCUGGUAUCGUGGGUAUGGAUCACAUACGCCAAGGCCCAUACUCCUCUGUCGAUCAAAAGUUUGCUAUUGUCAAAAACAUUUCAUCUUAUUUACUAGCAGAUCAAAUAUCAGGUAUCGUGGGGAUGGCCUUUGAGCAAAUAUCAUCAAUGAAUGCCCUGCCGUUCUGGCAAUCGGCCAACAUUUCGAUGUUUUCUUUCGGAAUGACCCGGUUUUGCGAUGUUCCAUUUCCCAGAGUGGUAGAGCCAGGUGGACUGGUGAUGCUCGGAGGUGCAGACUCAAGUUUAUACUCAGGAGAAAUCAGUUUUGUGAACGUUAUCGAUGAAGGAUAUUGGGCCAUCAAGAUCGAUGAUAUUAGCGUGGAUGGGGACGUAGUCGAUGGCAGUGAAGGUAACUCGGCCGCAAUUGAUACCGGCACUUCGUUGAUCGGAGGACCGGCCGUGGUAGUGAGAAAUUUAUUCAGCAAAGUGACCGGGGCGCGUCCAGGCACAGGUGCAUACCAAGGGUAUUACACUUAUCCUUGCAAAUCGAGUUUUAAUCUUACCCUUCGUUUGGGAGGCCAAGUGUAUACGAUUGAUCCAGUCGACAUCAACUUGGGGUCGAUUGAUGGAAACCAGCUCGAGUGUUUGGCGGGAAUUUUCAGCAUCAAUCAAGCCACGAAGAAAUCCAAAGGCGCGCCGAAAAACCCUCUGCCGGAUUGGAUCCUAGGUGCCGUAUUCCUAAAGAAUGUCUACAGUGUAUUCCGGCGUGGACCGCCGGCUGCAGUGGGCUUUGGAAGACCUUCAUCAGACUACCAAGUCUUGUUGGGCGGCGUGGACUUGGAUGGUCACCGAGGUUUGCCAAGCGAAGUUACCAACCGAGCAACACAAAUGCCGACCAACUCAGGAACCAACACGUAUUCUAUUCCAUUUAAGAUUUCAAUCACCAGAUCAUUACUCUGCCUAUUCCUCUAUUCUUUUUUUAAUCAUCCUAACUCAUGACCCAGAAAGUCAUCAUUUCUGUACAAAUUACGCAUUAUUUGGAACAUUUCUUGGAUUUGAUUCAAGAUCAAGACAAUAAAAUUCCGGAGUUGAUCGGCUCUUA